UCUUCGACUUACAACAACUUUGAGAAGAGAAAUGGGAAUAUUCACUUCUAAGUCUGAAACCCCUCCACCUUCUCCAUUAUUGCAGCAACCAUGGAGGAAAACGACAUGGGGUCAAAUGGAAGAACAGAUGCAGUUUCUGCAAUUUGUCCAGCCUGGAAGCGAUGCUGUCAGUAAUAUCAGAAUUAUGCUCUACGGGCCAGUUGGAGCUGGCAAGUCCAGUUUCAUCAACUCUGUCAACAGCAUUUUACAAGGGAGGAUGGCAGGAGAAGCUUUGGCAGAUUCAGUAGCCUCUUCUGUAAGUUUCACCAAAAAGUACACCACCUACAAGAUGAAAAAAGGACGGAGGGGACAGUUUUACCCUUUCAUUUUCAAUGACAUCAUGGGCCUUGAGGGACAGGUUGGGGUCUGUAAGAAGGACAUCAAAUUGGCCUUGAAGGGACACAUGAGAGAGGGUUACAAGUUCAACCCUGCAUCACCACUGUCAAAAGAUGAUGCUGGCUUCAAUCCAUGCCCCACUCCUGAUGACAUAGUCCAUGUCCUGGUCUGUGUAGUACCUUCACCAAAUACAAGUCAGAUACCUGGCGACACCAUGACACAGAUGAGGGACAUCAGACUAUUCGCCAGUGACAGGGGGAUUCCACAAAUUGCUGUCAUCACAAAAAUCGACGAGGCGUGCCCCGAGGUAGAAAGAGACAUAAGAAAUGUCUACAAAAGCAAGUUGCUGAAGAAAAAUAUGGAGGACUUCAGUGCUAGGCUGGGUAUUCCAAUGAACUGCAUCUUUCCUGUGAAGAACUACCAUGAAGAAACCAGCCUUGACGAUGAUGUCAGUCUCUUGAUACUGACCGCGCUGAAACAGAUCACUGACUUUGGAAAAGACUACAUUGAACGCAUGUAGGCCUCUCCAUUUUCAUCUGAGUUUCAGUUGUGAGGAUGGGACAUGAUGAAAGUGUCAUUAAAGCAUUCAAGUUGUACUUUAUUGUCAUAUACAUAUAAAAAGUACCACGUACCUUCAAAUGCAAUGAAAUGCAUAUGCCCUGGCUCUCUCAGCCCUGAAGACUGUAUAUAAGGAAAUAAUAAAUCAAUGAAAGUUAUGUAAGAUGCCUGCUGUUCAUUAUUUUGAGCAGCUGGGGGUAAAAACUGUCUUUAAGGUGGCUGGUCGGAGCGCUGAUGCUCCGUAAGCGUUGUCCUGAGGGAAGGAGGAGAACGGACCACGUGCUGGGUGGAUGGUGUCCUCCAUCACACUUUGAAGCUGUGGCGGUGCUGCUGCUAUGAUGUCUGAAGCCAUUGUUGCUGUCCUUCUCAGUUGUUUGUGGGCCUGUUCAGUCAGGUUGCCAAACCACACCAGCAUGCUUCCAGUAGGGAGGCUCUCUAUGGUGGUCUGAUAGAAACUGACCAGGGUUUUUGUGGACAUUCCUAAUUUUUAAGACCUCUCAGAAAGUAUUGCCUCUGUUUGCCUUUCAAAUACAAUAAUUCAAAUACAUAACUCUCAGAAUACACGUGUCCAUAUAUUUAUUUUCUAUGUCCUGGCUGCUGCUAGUUCCAGCUACUCCACCCCUGGUUUCUGUGUCUCACGUCUUGUCCUGCUUUCCUGUGAUCACAGGGAUGGAUAACCCCCCAAAGCCUGAUUUAAAAAAAAAAAUUAUUAGUUUGUUAUUCUAUUCUUUGUUGUUAUUCCAUUCUUCUUAUUUUCGGCGUCUAAGUACUUCUUCACACUUUGUGCUACAGAAACCAUUCAACUAUCAAAAUUUUCAGCUUUGUUAGGACAUUUCUGCUGACAUUCAACUUCUUUCUAAUAUUUAUACUUUUUAAAAUAUUAAGCUUUUUAUGAAAAUUUUCUCAUUAAAAUGAAUGGCGAGAAUGUUCAAAUCCUCAAAAACCUUCUGCUCUGUUAAAUGUGACUCCGUUGGUGUGCUUUCAGCUAGAAACUUCAUUUAAACUUUAAACAGCUCACAAGGCUUUCUGCCAAGAAGCUCACGCUUUUAUAUCUUUUAUAGUUUUUGAUUUAUUGCAGUUGAAGUUUUAUGCCUUUUUUAUGACAGUUUUAGAGUUUAUAAUGGGUGUUUUUUUGUUUUCUUUUUUACAAAAAUAUAAAUGAUACAAAAAUACAAAUGAUACAGGAACAUGCAAAACAUACAUACAUAUGUUUUGGACAGGGUUAGGACAAGGUUGUACUGAAACAUACAGAUACAAAAAAUACAAGCGAUACAGGAACACUGUACAUACGUACAUAUCAUCACACCAAUCAACUACAAACAACCUGACACCUUUACAUUCCAUGGUCAUAACAAAAGUAGAUAAAGAAAAUGAAUGAACUGUAGUAUUAACAAUAAUAAUGAUGAUAAUACUGAACAAAAAUAAAGCACUUUUGCCAGGGGGGUAAAUUUACAGUGAACAUUAUGUGAAAAUGUUAUAAUGUAAGCAAGCAUGAUAUGUUUGACUACUUUUCUGUUUGUGCUUCUGGAAAUGGUAGAGAUACAUUUCUCAAUUUCUAUAAUUAAAGCAGGAAAUUUUUGUUUAUUGUUCAAAAUUUUACUUUCAUGGAUGUGAAAUUUUGCAGCAAAAAAAAUUAUGUAAAACUUACUGUUAC